AGUAGAAGAAUUUAUUCAAUAAUCCUACGAACCAAACAGAAGACAUCUCGCCGUCGCCGAAGAGUGCCCCGCCGUGCGAAUGCCAUCUCCGCCGCCUUCACUCUCAUCGCUAUGCCGCUGCCUGUGCUUCCUCCUGACCAUCCUCUUCCUGCUCUCCUCCGCGCGCAGCAGCCUGGAGGAGGCCAGGGCCCUUAGCGUCGGCGAUGAGCUGGUGGGCGAGACCAUCCCGCUUCGCUACGGCCGGAGGCUCUACAGGCUCGCCGAGCUACGGCCGCCCGCGUGGUACGAAAUCAAGAUCUCCUACCCGACCUCCAUACCGUCCAGCUUCUCGAUUCGCCUCGUGAACGGUCCUAAUGCCGUUGAGGAUUUGGGGAGUAAGAACAGGAGGUUGCUCAACACGGAGAAGAUAAUUUUCAAGGCUGAGAGGACCAGGCCGGUUUAUGUUCUUGUCAUGGUGGAGCCUGAGGGUGUGGUUGCAAAGCCAAAUGUGCCAGAGCGAGAGCUUGCCCUGUUCAACAUUGUUUGCGACGAACUUUUGCUCGGGAUCCCACAUUUUGCCUGGUGGGUGGGAGCUGCAGCAUUAAUUUGCAUUGUGUUGGCAUCAAUAGCACCAUAUUUCCUCCCGCUGCACAAGCUACUUAACUAUGAAGCUGCAGAAUUGAGCAGCGUUGAUGCAGCUAAGCUUUCCUGAUAAGGCCGAAAUGUGAACUAUGAAUGUUCAGUUUUGUAUAGCAGGCUAGUAAUAUACAUCGGUACAUGUACAGAUGUGGAGUUUUUAAGCUUGAGCUCAAAUGCUCCCGUGUGAACAGUAAAUUUGAAAAAAUAGAAAAAAAUUCAAAAAAUUCUGAAUAUUUUUUGUGGCAAACUUUAAAGAAUGUUUGGAGUGCAUGCGAAAAUUCAUCACAAAAUCACAUCGGUGCAAGGCGUGGUAGAAAACAAAAUCGAUACUAUGAAAAUGUUACUUUCAAACGCAUUUUGAGCGCUGAUUUUUUUUUACCACGACUUGCUCCAAUGUGAUUUCAUGAUGAGAAUUUGCAUGCACUUCGAACAUUUAAAGUUUGCCAUAAAAGAAAAUCAGAUUUUUUUGCUUUUAUUUUAUUUUAUAUUAUAUUUUUCAUGGCAGGAGCAUUUGAGCUCGAGAUUAGAAGGAUACUUUGGCCAACCUUCUUCUUUCUAUAUUUUUUGCAUCCUAUUAGUCGCAGCUGUACACAAAUCUGAUGGCGACUGCACCCUAGAGUUCAGCACUAGAUAAUUUUUGGCUAUUUUAGAUAUCUAUCA